GUCCUUUGACCCGACUCCCCUCUUUCGCUUCCUUCCUUUCCGUUCUGGCAGCGAGCGGAGAGCUCGACGAGAGCCGGUCGCCCCUAUUUAACCCCGUCCGUUCGGGCCGGGGCCGCACACGGAGCGCUCAACACUCUUCGUCGGCGUUUGUUUUUCUCGCCGCCGUCAGAAGCCAUGAAGACCGUUUUGCUUUUUGUCACCGCGGCGCUGACCGCCGCCGCCGUCGUCUCCCAGCAGAAUGUCACGAUUCACCUGCAAGUCUUCCCGGCGAAGAGCAUUGCCGGAGUGGUCCAGAUCAGCCUCGUCAAUGACCAAAAACUGCCCGUGUACGGUUUCAACAUCACCGAAGCGCGAGACCUUUGCGCAAAACUCGGAUUCGACCUCGCCUCCAAAGAUCAAGUCAACCGAGCGCUCAAUCGGGGUUUGGAAACAUGCAGGUUUGGAUGGAUCGAUGAGCAUUACGCAGUCGUCCCUCGUGUCAAUGCGCUUGCGAACUGCGGCCAAAACGGCGUGGGCUUGGUCGCGUGGCGAGCCGCGUUGGACAAAAAGUUCGAUGUGUUCUGUUUCAACCAAUCGGAUUACACGGAGGAGGAAGAAAGCACGACCCUGGCCCCCAAGUCCUCUGACUCGCCAAGUCCGACGCCGGCCCUGGUUGUUUUCGACCUGUCUUUGCCCUCCGACCUCUCGUUGCUGGACAACCUGGAGGUGGCGGAGCUGGCCCGAUUGUCCGGCGAGGACCAAAGUUCCGGCAGAGGAAAAGUGAUCCUCAUCAGCUCGGCGUGCGCCGUCCUCGCCGUCGCCAUUGCCGUCCUCGCGUAUAUGAAAGUGAAGAGGCGCCUCCAGAGGGCCGACGUGACCCAGGAGCGGGGAGGAGGCGUCGAAAUCGCCAGCUAAACGCUCGGCGCGCCUUCGAGUGAUGGUCCGCCUGAUUCCAGCUUCGACCCGCCCGGUUUUGCACCACGCAUUCUCGUUUUGCGUCCGCUGUUUGCAAGAAUGUACCGCGCGUACACUAUAGCCGACGGAACAAUCGAUCGCGAUCAUUUUGACGACUGGUUCCAUUGUUUUGUUUAUUAAUUCCUUCGGUUUUUUGGAAGUACACGCAAAUAAGUGCGACUUUAAAGAACUCGUUUAUCCACAUGUAAAAAUCACGUUUGUGCAAACUAAAGUGUGUGCAAAGCU